GGAAGGGACAGAGGGAUAACAGGAGAGCAAGUGAGAAAGUGCGAGAGAGGAGGAGCAUACCCAGUGAAGAAAAUUGCAGAGAAGGAAAGCUCUUCAUACAUUAGGCAGAAAUUUUGUUCAAGCACAUCAACAAAGUGUGUAGGAACUUUAAAAAAGAAGGAAAACCACUAACAUUUUGUUGAGGGAAGAGUAGGCUGUCAAGAGUGAGCUGGUUUCCAUCCAGAGUGAGCUGACUGCCAAACAGGAUGGCCGACAAAGUGAAUGAGGAAUCCAGCAAUAAUCCAGGGAAAGAUGAGCUGGACUGGGGCUAUGAAGAAGGUGUAGAAUGGGGACUCCUUUACCCUGCAGCCAAUGGUGAGUACCAGUCACCCAUCAACUUGAACUCAAGAGAGGCUGAGUAUGACUCAUCCCUCCUGGAUGUUCGCCUGUCACCAAACUACGUGGUGUGUCGUGAUUGUGAGGUCAUCAAUGACGGACACACAGUGCGUAUCCUUCUUAGGUCAAAGUCAGUGGUCAGUGGUGGUCCAUUGCCUAGCGAUCAUGAGUAUGAACUUCACGAGGUUCGAUUUCACUGGGGCAAAGAGAAUCAGAGAGGAUCAGAACACACAGUCAACUUCAAGGCUUUUCCUAUGGAGCUCCAUCUGAUCCACUGGAACAGCACACUGUUUAAUUCUCUGGAAGAUGCUUUGGGGAAAAAGAAUGGAGUGCUCAUCAUUGCUCUUUUUGUUCAGAUUGGCAAAGAGCAUCUGGGUCUGAAAGCCAUCACUGAGGUUCUACAGGACUUGCAGUACAAGGGGAAGAGCAAGAUAAUUCCCUGCUUCAACCCAAACACUUUGCUGCCUGAUCCGUUAUUGAGAGACUACUGGGUUUAUAAAGGAUCUCUGACCACACCACCUUGUAGUGAGAAUGUGACCUGGAUCCUUUACCGCUACCCUCUAACUAUAUCACAAUUACAGAUUGAAGAGUUUCGGAGGCUGCGCUCACAUAUAAAAGGGGCAGAGCUGCCAGAGGGUAAUGAUGGGAUGUUGGGGGACAAUUUCCGUCCCACCCAACCACUAAGUGAUCGGACAGUUAGGGCGGCUUUCCAAUGAUUCCCACUUCCUGCUGCCAACUCAAAAAAAAUUAAAACCUUCAGAAACAAACAUAAAGGUAACAAUUGAUUGAGCCUAUCAAAAAUUCUUUGAAUCGUCACAGUCAUUCUUCUGUUAAAUGCUAGAAUAUUGUCUCUGAGCUCUUCAGUCCUCUGGAGCCUCACUGUAAUGAAUAACGUCUCAAAAGAUCUAACCUAUUUUACGUGCUACAAUCUGGCACUACCCUAGACACAGUGCAUACACUAUUUAAGAGUACAGCAAUAUUUUUUUGCUCAGGGGCUAAAAAGACAAAAAGACUUAAAAUCCUUUGUUUUUGUUUCCAGGGAAUAAACUUAUAAUACAGUACUGUAUGUAGAAUUUCCUGAAUUGAAAUGUUUAGUGAGACGCGAGGAAUUGGAGAUUACUGGGGAAGAGUUCAUAGGCUGCUCGAGAGUAAAAAAGAAAUACCAAAAGGAGACACUGUGGGAAAAGUUGAGGAAAACAGAGGACUGUUGUUUAUAGUGUAAGUGGAUACUGAUCUGGUUGCACCAGGACAAACAUACCUGUGAAGUACUGUGCAGAGUUUGUAAGUAUUAGGUGGAGCGGCAGUCUGUUAGACAAAAUUGAAGGGGCUUUCAACCAUACUUUUACAUUACAAAUGUGUGACAGAAAUCGAAGCACAGAGGUUUCAUUGUGGACUAUUUUUGAACGUCCCAUUAAAAGAUUUCCCUCUAAGGACGUAUCCCACUUCUGACAUAAUUUUCCAAUCCUCAGCACAAAACUCUUAAACACCAGCAUAGAAUAACAUUCACUGUUUUUGCCCGCCAAUAUUUUACAGUGCAGAGCAAACAACAAAUACCUUUACUUAGUUUAAGUCUGAAGUACUUGUACUACCGUAAUUUCUGCACUUUCGGGUGCACCUGACUAUAAGCCGCCAACAGAGGCGUCGCGUCCCAUUAGGCAAACCAGGCAAUUGCCUAGGGCCCCCAGCCAGCAGGGACCCAUAGAGGGCCAACAGAUUUGGCACACACAGCUUUACUGCACUGUCGCAGCGACAAGUGUAGGGAGUGUUUCAAUACCAUGGAAUCAUCUGGCAGAUUAUCUAACGAUUCUGUUAUCAAUCCCAAUCAGCACUAACUACGUCAUGUAGAUUUCACAUGUUUAAGAAAGUCUAAUCAGCUAUUAAUACCACAUGAUUGUUUAAAGAGUUACUCACCAAGUACUCUCUGGAAAGUCCUUGCCGAGUUGCUUUAUGUUGAUUUUCACAGGCCACCUCAUUAUUCACGUGACUACUUAAAGAAAUGGUGACCCCCCCCCCCCCCCCAAAGUCUAUUAAUGGGUCUAUCGUAUUCCUCGUCGAAUACUAUAUAAGAAAAAUAUAUCAUAUAUGCAUCUAAAAUAAUCCUAAACGAUUUUUUUUUAGCAAUUUUAAUACUCCUUUUAGCAAGGUUCCUUGGGUAUGCGUACAUUCCCAUAGCAACCAGUCAUGUUAUUGUCCUACGUCACAAGCGCUGCAUAUUCUGGGAGCGAGAAUAGGCGUAAGUUGCGCAUUUCGAGCAGAGGGCCACCUGUUAAAAUGCGUGUGUCCAUGAACGAAUGUAAGUUCAUCCAUAUGAGUCAGUGUGUAAAGAGCUUAGUUUUCGCCACUUUUAUGGCCGAGAUGACUGCACGUGCACGCAACCCCCCCCCCCUCCCUUUUGUGUUCAUUAUACUGAGCGAGUAUGUAUGUGUGUCACGUGACUCAGAAGGGCCCCAUGUUGCUUGUUGCCUGGGGCCCCCGGUGGGCCGCCACCCACCAAAUUUGACACAAAAACGUCAUUUGUUCAUAGAUAAUCCACACUGGACUAUAAGCCGCAGCUGUCCUCACUGUAUUAUUGAAUUUUUACACCAAAAGAUAUUAACCGGUAACACUUUAUUUGACAGAAGACAAAACAAACCACUGUGAAGCUUUGAACCAAUUAGGCUACAAAGCUUCAUUGCUUCAAGAAGCUUCAUUUGGCCGUCCCUGCUCCACUGGGUGAGAUAGUCAACCACUGCUGCCUCCUAGCAUGCAUUGCAGCACUAGAUAUAAAUAACAAUCAAAAUUCAUGUUCUGUGCUAUUUUUUUUCUUCAGUUACUGUUCCAGUUGUUUCAUUAAUUACUAGUUUUGAUAUUUGGUAACACUUUAUUUGACAGCCAUAAGACUUCUUUAGACAUCUGUCAUAAGCAUUCAGUAAUGCCCAUGAUUGUGUCAUGCAUUAUUAUGACGGUUUUAUGACACCGAUGUCAAAUAAAGUGUUACGUAUUAACCCAAAGAAAUCAACAAAUAACCCGCACUGGACUACAAGCCGCAGAAUUAAAAGUGAGAGAAAAAAGUAGCGACUUAUAGUCCGAAAAUUACGGUAAUUAUUUCGAUUGAUUUUUUUUUUUGUCACUAGAUGUAACUUUGAUAGAUCUUGAUGGAUCCGUUAUCGAUAAUUCACUUUGUUCAUAACUCAUAUAAUCUUGUACCAAUACAAAGUAUUAAAUCAGCUGUGGAAAUUGUCUGCAGUUCACUCCAGUGGACUGUUGUUUCGGUUCUUGCUUCCUGCUCUGACUGUUGUUUUCGGCCACAAUCAGACUGUUUCCAAAGGGAAAAAUAUGUCAUUUUAACCACAGUUGCGGUCCAGAUGCUAAACAAAGAUAGAGCUUUUUCCCAAACCCGAAAGGAGGCAGGAGUUAAAGUAUGCAAUGUAAACCAAAGGUGCCAAAUACACUGAUCGCAAUCGAGUGGUAGCUCUCAAAGACAGUAACAGUUAAUUAACGCCUUGGUUAGAAAACAUGUUCAAAUUGAACUGCGACUACCUGGCUUGCUCCCUCAACAUCUAAUCUGGCCAGAGACAUAAUGAACACACCGAAGAAAACACAUGCCUUCUACUGGCUAAAUUGGAACCCACAAGCAACAAUUCUCCAAUUAAUUCAUCUAAUUCAUGAGCCCUGAGAAAAAAAAAAUUAAAAUGGGGUCCAAAAAUUGAUGCAUACACAUCUUUAUAAUAUACCUACCAAAUUUCAUUCUAAUCCAUCCAGGCAUAACGGAGGACUAACAAUUUUAGUUGGUUUCCUCGCCAAGAGCAAAGCAAGUGAGACCUCGAGUCUUCCCUCCGGGCAGUCUAAAAAAAUUAAUCAGACCAGCCAUCCCUACUAAUGGAUCUGUCUUUUAAUAAGACUGACAUAGAGAUAAACCAGUCAAGCUUUAGCGGUUAAAAAAAAAAAAAAAUGUCACAACCAAUCACAACCCUCCCUGACAUUUGGCCUUUAAUUGACACAGCAAUUUCAAAGUUGUUUUAGGAUGACUCAAAACACGUGCACAGUCAAUCCUAUCUGCCGUCUUCAAACUUUUGCCUCAGUGAGGGCUGAAUUUUCAAAGCAAAGACUUCACUCCGAGUGAGUUUAAAGUCAAUGCAAGUCAUCAAAGCAAGGUAAUACAAUGUAUAGCUUUAGGGGCCGUUUACAUGGUGGUUCUCCGAGAAUACGAAAAAUUUCAAAUUUGCAUUUAUAUGGGCCCCUCUCCAUUCGAACAAUGUCGCAAUUCUGCAUGAAAACGAUGUAGUAUUCAUGCCAGGCCAUAGGGGGCAGUGCAGAUUUACAAGGCGACAGCAAAUGAUGCACUUUGACCCCACCAAGCUCCCUCAGCCCGGAAAAAAAUAUGCCCGCCCACUCGAAGCAAUGGCAUUUCUGUUUUGUUCAAAAAGGCACAAAAAUGGAAACAUUCAACAUAUUUAAUUAAAAAAAAUAUUAUUAAAACAGAAAAAUUAAAGCCGACAUUCCGCCAUAUUUGCUGUUUUUAAUGUUUAGUAGCACCGAUGCGCACGCCCAAUGGGAUGUGUACGAGUGCUGAUGUUAUCCGGUCGCGGGAGCCUUUGAUAUGCAUGCGGAGCAAGCCCCCUUCAAUCCCCCGCAAUUGAAUUCUCCACUUUGGAGGCAGGAUUCAGAAUUUUUCGUCCUCACCGCCACCAUAUGCACGCGAGGCCAUUCCGCUACUCAGUCAUUGCGUCUUUGUGUCAGAGAGUCGCCAUGUAAACUGCCUCUUAGGUUGUGGGAUGGGGUAACGAUACAUGAGCCUUAUUUACUUAGUUUACUAAGUGCUUAAUACUUUAUUUACUUUACUUAGUUAUUUUACGCAUACUUUGCAAACACUAACUCGAUAUCUCUCAAAUGCAUGCGGGAAAGUGUGUUAUGAUCCAGUGAAACCGAGGUAAAACUUUGUGUUCAUAAUUUAAAAAUAUAUGUUUGACAGAAAGACUCCACUUUGAAAUGGCCUAGACCAGGGGUCCUCAAAUACAAAUCUCGAAGGUCCACAAUUAUUUUGCUCAUACAAGCAUGGGUCCAUUUAUUAAUGUCGGUCAAGUACAAGGCAGGUCGAAUGUGGUAAAAGUGGUUUUCUUUUGACCAAACAAAAAUACAAUGCACAUUCUGAUUAAAUAAAAAUAAAUUAAAAAGAUUUUCUUGACUUAAAAAAAACAACAACAAAAAAAACAUGCAAGUACAAUGUUUACACAUGUAAACUAAAUAAUUGACAAGAUCUGACAUUAAAGUGCAAACAAUAACUAUUGACAGUACAUUUUGUAACUAAAACAUUGCUGGACAAAAAAGAAAAUGUGCAAGUAGUACAGUACAUGUUCACAUGUACAGAACAUAAAUGACAAGCUCUGUCAUUAGGGUACACACAUAAUUAUUGAUAGUAACUUUAACUAUAAAACAUUGCUCAAUGUGAGAAAUGGCAUUUGGGGGUCACAAACGUCACAAAGCUGUUUACUCACAUCAUCAGCCUGUACUUCAGUGCGUCUUUUGGUUGAUGAAUCUGAAGGUGAGAUUUGUUAGAUUUUUGUUAUCAUUUCCUCUUUUUCUUUCCUUCAAACAUUGCUGCUACCACUUUAGUCAUACACUCUUUUAUUAUUUUGC